GGAGGGAUACGCUCGCUGGUUGCCGUUCUAUAUGCACCGCCUAAAAAAGUUCUGUUAGUGUAGUUCAGUCAUAGUUUUGUUAUAACUCUCAGAUUCUUGCGCAUGCGAAAGGUCCAAAGGUCUGAGUGCGGAGUCAUUUUUAGGAGCGCGGUCACUCGUCUUGCACAACUUUGAUUUCACUCCUCUCCAGAGAAGCAACCGGCGUGGUGCAGGUCGCUGUGCCCGGCAGAGGCUUUUAAAGUAGCUCGGCUGUUUUGAAAGAAAGUUUGGUAAAAUGUCAGCCACUCGGAUGCAGAUGCUCUCGUCCAGAAGCGUCCGGAUUUUAAGCCGCGGGCGAAACGAAAUGUUAGCCGGUAGAAGUGGGGCGCAGCGGCCCGGCGGUGAUCCCAGGACCCGCUCACUGACCUGUUCCCCUCUGUCCUCCUCCUCCUCUCCCGGCAGAGCCUUAUCGAGUCUGAGUGCGACGCGGCGUGGACUUCCCAAAGAGAAAAUGUCCGAGAAUGGGAUAAUGUCCCGGGCCAAAGUGCUGACCAUCGACACCAUGAACCCCACGGUAAAGAAGGUGGAGUACGCCGUGCGGGGGCCAAUCGUGCAGCGCGCGGUGGAGCUGGAAAGGGAACUCUCAGAGGGAAUGAAGAAGCCCUUUGCAGAGGUCAUCAGGGCCAAUAUUGGUGAUGCGCAUGCUAUGGGCCAGCAGCCAAUUACUUUCUUCCGACAGGUCCUGGCGCUCUGCUCCUACCCUGAACUGCUGAGUGACAGCACAUUCCCAGAGGAUACUAAAAGUAGAGCAUGCCGCAUUCUGCAGUCCUGUGGAGGGAACAGUAUGGGUUCCUACAGUGCCAGUCAAGGCAUAGACUCUGUGCGCCAGGAUGUGGCCAGUUACAUUGUGCGACGGGACGGUGGUGUGCCCUGUGACCCAAAUAACAUUUACCUCACCACAGGGGCCAGUGAUGGCAUUAUGACAAUGCUGAAGCUGCUGGUGUGUGGCGAAGGUACAACCCGCACAGGCGUCAUGAUACCCAUACCUCAGUAUCCCCUGUAUUCGGCUGCACUGGCUGAACUGGGCGCUGUGCAGAUUAACUAUUUCCUUAAUGAGGAAAAGUGCUGGAGCCUGGACAUCACUGAGCUGCAGCGCGCCGUAAAUGAGGCCAGGCAGCACUGCAACCCGCGAGCCUUAUGCAUCAUCAACCCUGGAAACCCCACAGGUCAGGUUCAGAGCAGACAGUGCAUUGAGGAUGUAAUUCGAUUCGCUGCAAAGGAACGUCUCUUCCUCAUGGCUGAUGAGGUGUACCAGGAUAAUGUGUAUGCUGAGGGUUGCCAGUUCCACUCCUUUAAGAAAGUCCUGUUUGAGAUGGAGCCUGAGUACGCAGAAACAGUGGAACUGGCAUCCUUCCACUCCACCUCCAAGUGUUAUAUGGGAGAGUGUGGCUUUCGUGGCGGCUACAUGGAGAUCAUCAACAUGGACGAUGAAGUGAAGGACCAGCUCACCAAGCUGCUGUCAGUCCGCCUUUGCCCUCCUGUUCCUGGACAGGCUCUAAUGGACCUGGUGGUUAACCCUCCACAGCCUGGGGAGCCUUCUUACGACACCUUUAUCAAGGAACGCACAGCCACAUUAAGUGCCUUAGCAGAAAAGGCCAAGCUUACAGAGCAAGUUCUCAACACGGUGCAAGGCAUCAGCUGCAACCCUGUGCAGGGUGCUAUGUACUCCUUUCCUCGCAUAACCAUCCCUGAAAAGGCUAUCAAAGAGGCCACGGAAAAGGGACAGCAGCCGGACAUGUUUUAUUGCAUGAAGAUGCUGGAGGAGACGGGAAUCUGCCUUGUACCUGGCAGCGGUUUUGGUCAAAAGGAUGGGACCUAUCACUUCAGAAUGACCAUCUUGCCACCGACAGACAAGCUGAAGAUCCUCCUGAAUAAAGUCAAAGAGUUCCACCAGAGAUUCACCCAGCAGUAUUCUUAAGUUUCCACAUUGGUUUUCCCCUCCAUUCACGAAAGGACGAGCUUGCCAAACACAACAAAAAAUAUCAGCCAAUAAGAGUUUUAUCUGUUACUAUUAAGUGCCUUCUCUGUGAUGGCUCUGGUAGUCUCUGUGAUGACACACUCCAACCUCCUAUAGCUGUCACAUUUGGACAUUUGCUGAUCUUUGUCUUAAGUCGCUGUUUAUGCCACAAACAAAAAAAAAACAAGUGAAGAAAUUGAAAUUGGAGACCUGUGUCUUUUUUUUUUCUUUCUUUUUUUGGGGGGUGUUUAAUCUAUUAUCUGUGUCGUUUUUAAAAGAUGUAUAUACUCUAGGUCUGUAACUUUCACUUAAUAGCUUGAAUGUGAAUCGUGAGAAGAAAAAGGUGAUGCUGUUUACAGAUUCUGAAAAUGUGUAAAAAAAAAAAAAAAAAAUGGCUAAAAUAUUCCUCUCCUGCAGGCUUUGCUCAACUGGAAGAAUAUGCUGAAAAAGUUCCUCUUGCAUGAUGGCUCACUAGUAAUUUUGUAGUGUCAAAAUAAAUGUAAUGCUCUUG